CGACGCGGCAGUCUCCUCCGCCGCGCGGCGCAACCCGACCUAACCAUCUCCGGCCUUGCCUCGCCUGCCCUCUGCAAUCUCCGAAGACGCACAAUCGGAGCUCGGAUUUCCGGCUUAGGGAUUGCUUUCCUGCAUCCCCAUGGGUUACGCAAACGGCGUCGUGAAUCCACAGAGAAAGCAGCCUCUGGCUUCCAUCGGCAUUAUCUCUGACGUCCAAUACGCUGACAUUCCAGACGGCUACUCCUUCCUCGGCGUGCCCCGUUACUACAGGCACAGCCUGCUCGUUCUGCAACGAGCCGUGCAGAAAUGGAACGACCAGAAACUCAAGUGCGCGAUCAACUUUGGCGACAUCGUCGACGGAUACUGCCCUAAAGACCAAUCCCUCACCGUCGUCAAGAAAGUCGUCGGCGAAUUCAACCGCUUCAACGGCCCUGUGCACCACAUGAUCGGCAACCACUGCCUCUACAAUCUCCCCCGCGACAAGCUGCUGCCAUUGCUGAACAUUCCGGGCCGCGACAGCCGUGCCUACUACGACUUCAGCCCCGUUCCCGAGUACCGUUUCGUAGUCCUCGACGGUUACGAAAUCAGCGCCAUCGGGUGGCCAAAGGAUCACCCGAACACGAUAAAGGCGAUGAACUUUCUCCAUGAGAGAAACCCGAAUCCUGACAAGAACAAUCCGAACGGGCUGGUGGGGCGAGACCGGAGGUUCCUAAUGUUCAACGGCGCGGUCGGGAGGGAGCAGAUUGAGUGGCUGAAUAAAGUUCUUCGUGAUGCGACGGAUUCGGAGCAGCGAGUCGUCGUCUGCUGCCAUCUUCCGUUGGAUCCGCAGGCGUCGUCGAACGAGGCGUUGUUGUGGAAUCACGGCGAGGUGCUCGACGUGAUACAUCGAUACGGAUGUGUUAAGGCUUGUUUGGCCGGACACGAUCACAAGGGCGGGUACGCCGUCGAUUCCUAUGGCGUGCACCAUCGUAUACUUGAGGCUGCCCUCGAGUGCCCACCCGGCACGGAUGCCUUCGGACGGAUCGAUCUUUUCGACGACCGGCUGGCCCUCGUCGGCACGGGCAGGUUGAAGUCUCAGGAACUUGUGUUCGGUAGGUAGCCUUUGGAGAUCUAUAGAAAUUCAUGCAGCUUUACAUUGGAAUAUAUAUGUGUGUAUGUAUGGAUAUGUGAAGAAUAUGGCUUUUGCUUCUCGUAUUGAUGGAAGAGAGGCUUGAAGAGUAAUAUGAAUACGAGAAUACUCAAGGGUGUGUUCGUAUA